AUGCCGUCAGUUCACUUACUCGACUACGUUGCCGGCAACGUCCGCUCUCUCGUCAAUGCCAUCGAGAAGGUUGGCUAUACCGUCGAAUGGGUCAAGACACCCGCCGAUGUCUCCUCCGCCGAAAAACUCAUCAUCCCUGGCGUCGGCCACUUCGGACACUGUUGCUCCCAGCUAGAGAAAGCAGGCUACACGGAGCCCAUUCGCGAACACAUCAGACAGGGCAAGCCAUUCAUGGGAAUAUGUGUCGGUGUGCAGGCCUUGUUUGAAAGCUCGGAAGAAGAUCCUCACGUCAAGGGCUUGGGAGUCAUCCCUGGGCGACUACGAAAGUUCAAAGACACGGACAAGAGCGUGCCGCACAUUGGAUGGAACAGCGCAAACACGUCGCGCCCCGGUCAAGUCACGGAUGACUCAUUAUAUGGGCUGCGACCGACUUCCAAAUACUACUACGUCCACUCGUACGCUGUGCCAUAUGAGGAGGGUAAGCUAGAGAAAGAGGGCUGGGCAGUCGCGACUGCGCGGUACGGUGACGAGGAGUUCAUCGGUGCAGUAGCAAAGGACAACGUCUUCGCCACGCAGUUCCACCCUGAGAAGAGCGGCGCAGCAGGCCUACGCGUACUAAAGGCUUUCCUAGAUGGCAAGGUAUCACAGAAACUGCCGGAGAAGCCAUCGGCGGCCGAAACAAAAGAAGGAUUGACAAGACGUGUCAUCGCCUGUCUCGACGUACGAACAAACGACCAGGGCGAUCUCGUAGUAACAAAAGGUGAUCAGUACGACGUCCGCGAAAAAGAAGGAGCCGGCAAUGCUGUGCGAAACCUAGGCAAACCCGUUGACAUGGCGAAGAAAUACUACGAACAAGGCGCCGACGAAGUCACCUUCCUGAACAUUACAUCCUUCCGUAACUGUCCCGUCGCCGAUACACCCAUGCUCGAGAUCCUACGUCGGACCAGCGAAACCGUCUUCGUCCCCUUGACAAUAGGCGGAGGUAUCCGCGACACGGUAGAUACAGACGGCACCAAGAUCUCUGCCCUCGAUAUCGCGACCAUGUACUUCAAGUCCGGCGCGGAUAAAGUCAGCAUAGGCUCCGAUGCUGUGACCGCAGCCGAAGAAUACUAUGCGCGAGGCAGCAAGCUAGCGGGCAACACGGCAAUAGAAACCAUCUCCUCUGCAUACGGUAACCAGGCCGUUGUCAUAAGCGUAGAUCCAAAACGCGUAUACGUCUCAUCUCCUGACGCAACACCGCACCACACGAUCAAAACCGCCACCCCGGGUCCGAACGGCGAGGAGUACUGCUGGUACCAAUGUACCAUCAAAGGUGGACGUGAAGGCCGCGAUUUUGACGUCCGACAGCUCGUCACCGCAGUCGAGGCCAUGGGUGCAGGAGAAAUCCUACUAAAUUGCAUAGACAAGGACGGAAGCAACAGCGGUUUCGACACUGAGCUGAUCAACGACGUCAAGGAUGCAAUCAAGAUCCCCGUCAUUGCAAGUAGUGGCGCAGGCCACCCCGGGCACUUUGAAGAGGUGUUUGCGAAGACGAGGACAGAUGCUGCCUUGGGCGCUGGAAUGUUCCACAGAGGCGAAUACACAGUCAAACAAGUCAAGGACUACCUACAAGAAAAAGGGCAAGUUGUGCGGCCAUUCGAGGAUGAGAUAUAA